GUAUAUACUUAUCAUAUAUUAUAUAUACAUAAUAUACACAUAGUAUUCCAGGAGGUAAAAGGAAUCUGGCCACGGGUUUGCUUGCUAGAAGCAUAGGCUGAGAAUGCAUAAUAUGACCAUAUCUCUUUGCAUGGCAGUAUUACAUCAUGGUUAAGAACGUUGACUGCAACCAAGACUCCCUGGGAUUGAAUUCUUGCUCUGCUGCUUUCCAGCUAUUACAUCCUUGGGCAAGUUACUUAACUUCCCUAUGCCUCAUUUCCCUCAUCUGUGAAAUGGGGAUAAUAAAGGUAUCUGCCUCAUAAGGUUGUUGAGAAAUGGGUGACAUUCAGUAAGUGUUCAGUAAACGUUAACACUUAAUGGUUAUUAUUAUUGUAGGCAGCUGACCAAUUGUGGAAUAAUCUACUUGUACUUCAUCAGGCAGUGAUAAUGGUCUUCUGACCUUGGAAACUCUGCCUUCAAUAUUAGUCCUUCGGUGUCUAGGACUAAUCAAAAUUUGAACUAGAAAGGUAGGGGAGGGGAGCAGGUGUGCUCUGGUUUCUAUGCAAAUGGACUUAAUCACAGUGUAAGUUUAUUAAUUUUUAAAUGCUUUUAAAUGGUGAUAGGUAGGGAGCUAAGGAGGGUAGACUGUUAAUGCAGGUACAGGUUACAGAUCCUCUGGUCAAGCAGAGCGCCACGUGGAACUGUUCUCAUUGCUGCACUUAAUUGCUGCUCUCUCGUAGUGAACGUGGUGGAAGCGCUGCAGGAAUUCUGGCAGAUGAAGCAGUCCCGUGGGGCCGACUUGAAGAAUGGGGCUCUAGUGGUUUAUGAGAUGGUUCCCUCCAACACCCCUCCCUAUGUCUGCUAUGUCACCCUGCCUGGGGGAAGUUGCUUUGGGAGUUUCCAGUUUUGCCCCACAAAAGCUGAGGCCCGGCGGAGUGCUGCAAAGAUUGCACUAAUGAACUCUGUAUUUAAUGAACAUCCUUCCCGAAGAAUCACUGACGAGUUCAUUGAGAAGAGUGUCUCUGAGGCGCUGGCAUCUUUCAAUGGCAACAGGGAGGAAGCUGACAACCCAAAUACAGGGAUUGGUGCCUUCCGAUUCAUGUUGGAAUCCAACAAGGGCAAGUCAAUGUUGGAAUUCCAGGAGCUAAUGACAGUUUUUCAACUGCUGCACUGGAAUGGCAGCCUUAAGGCCAUGAGGGAAAGACAGUGCUCUCGGCAGGAAGUCUUGGCUCACUAUUCACAUCGAGCGCUGGAUGAUGAUAUUCGCCACCAAAUGGCAUUGGAUUGGGUGAGCCGGGAGCAGAGUGUGCCAGGGGCACUGUCUAGAGAGCUGGCCUCAACUGAGCGGGAGCUGGAUGAAGCCCGCCUGGCAGGCAAGGAGCUGCGUUUCCACAAGGAGAAGAAAGAUAUUCUCAUGCUGGCUGCUGGGCAGCUGGGCAACAUGCAUUCUUCCAACUGCUAGGUGCCCACCCACAUAUCUCCAGGCCCUUUUUAAUGUUUUCUAAGAUUUAGAAUAAUUUCUGUACAUACUUUCUCAAUUUUAUACUUUUAAAAAUAUACAUAUAUAUACACAUAUAUGUAUGUAUAAAUUCUACACCUGGAUUCCUUUUGGCUAAGAGAUAGAUCCCUUUUCUUCUAGCUUUUGGAUGUGCUUUCAUUUGAAGCAUCUCCACGCCACUUUACAAGAAGGGCAGGCUGUCUUUGGGUCUUUGCUGGCUUUUACACUCCCAGUAAUCCUGUGUAGUCAUUUCAGUAGCACAAGAUGAUUAAGUGUUCAUGUCUCCUUCUUUUAAAAUAACAGGGAGCUUGAAUAAGGACUAUUUCCCCUGCCCCCCUCCUGCUUUCUCUUAGACUCAAAUGGGUUAUAAGGUACAAAGCAAAACCUUUGGCUUGGUUUAUCUUGAGCUGGGCCUACUUGGUACCGAGUUGUUCCUCCAGUAAUGAUAUUCCCUAACCUACACCACCCCUCUUCACCACUACCUUACUCCCCUCUGACUCUAGUUGGUACUAGGUAGAAACUGGAGAUCUGGUUUCUCAUCUUUAAAGUCAUUCCUGAGAAAGUGCCAAGGAACAAGAGAGGAAUUAUAAACACAACUCACAAGGGUUUGUCACCUAAAUUGCUAGUCCAGAUUUCUGGAUGUGCUGUACAUUACAGAAGGGGUCAGGGUUGAAGUUCCUUAUCUUUCCAUGUUCCCUUUUCAGUUCUACCCCCAUGCUCCCCUAGCUUAGUUAAGCCUUUUAUUUAGACCUUCCUGGCUGUAGAGAUUGGUAGAAGGUAAAACAUAUUUCCCUCCUCACUCUCCUGCCAUCAUUUUGCUCUUUAGAAAAAUUAUCUGUCCUAUUUGGUGAGGGCCAUGUUCCUCUCACUGCCACAAAGUUGCUGCUGUCUACUACCUUAGAUGUACAUACAGUAGAUUCACAUUUGUUUUCUGUUUUCUUUCCUCUUCCAUCAUAUUGAUUAUUAGAGCAUAAGUUGAUCAGGUAAAUUAAAUGAGACUUUGGCAUCAUGGCACUUCCUAAUUGGAAAGUUGGGAGACUGUAGGAAGAGAAAGAGAAUCAGUGAUCAGCCAUUUGUGUUUUUAAUACUGUUCUCUUCCCCUACCACUCUCCUGGGUGGAAUUAGGAGAGAAAUCAUCUGGAGUACAGGAAAACAUUCACUUUGGGAUAAUUUUUUGUAGAGCUAAGAUAUAUUUUCCCCUUGUUUCUGUAGUCUCCUUUAUACAAUAUUAUAGCUCAGUGCACUUUCUAAACUAAGCUUGGGAAGUUUAAUGUUUCUACAGUUAAACUUUCCAUUUAAUGAUUAUACACUUUGCUUUCACAAAUAGGUUAGUAAACAGGCCACAAUUUUCUCUUUUGGAUCAGAUAGGGACAAGAUGAAAGUCAGCUUUCUUCCUUUUGAAAUCAUCUAUGGGAUCAAAGGUAAGGUAUCUAGCAACAAAUGUAUCACUGCUUGAAAUGAACUUCCUUGAAUUCUCCAAGCCCCUUCUCUGUAUUCCACCAAGUACAGGUAGGAUUGGAGCAGAGGCUCCUACAUUAAACAAUAGGUGUGUCUAUUCAGUUUUUAUUGAUAUUUAUAAUCCAGAAAUCAUAAACCUUCAUUUCUCCUAUGCUUCUUUCUCUGGGAAGUGUUAAGGGGUGUGAGUUGUGGGAAGAACUUGUCUUUGCACCUCCUGGAUUUACUAUUUUUCUCAAAUACCAACCAGUAAGAUCCCAAAGAACUUGAGAAAAAUUGUUCCCUGAUCUGUACACUUUUGGUGUUAAAGAUUUUACUUGUCUUUUUAGUACUUUCUAUGUAUUUUAUAUGUAUAAUUUUAUACAAUUAAAAUAGAUUUUUGUCUAGUGUGCCA